UUACUGUAUGCGGGCGAGGGAGAGGCUCGCAGACCAGAUGAAGGGGGCCCACUGGACAUGAGCAGGGUCAUAGACGACAAGCCCGGCACCAUCGUUCUGAAGGGCCACGAGUUCAUACAGAUCUCCUACCACAUGCCCACCAACUGUGAGGUGUGUCCCAAGCCUCUGUGGCACAUGUUCCGGCCUCCUGCUGCACUGGAAUGUCGAAGAUGUAGGAUAAAACCUUUCACACGGUGAUGCAUACUGGAAAA